CGGCACUUUGCCAAAUAUUCGGGUACAUUCCGCACAUUAGUCCUUCCCCACGGAAUUCUCAGGUCUCGCAGGGCAAUCAUGGCUUCGUGAUCUUCCCUACGCUGUAUUAGGAUCAAUCGUGAUCUACGUAAAACACUCUGAAUACAGAGAGAGGAGGUGGUGCCCCGAAGACGCGGAAGUCUAUGUUGGAGUUUCGGGGUGAAACGCGUGCGCGGGUGGUUUUAAUCGGGGGCGGGGGCGCGGUCACGGGGACAGUAUCGUCGCUCUUCAGUUGGGUUUGGUACGCGUCUCGCGACUGGCCGCCCGCUGUGCGCCUCUCCAUAAAGAGCAUCUUCGUUUUUCCUUUUGUCUCUUCCUGCCGAUCUCGCGAGUCGCGCGCGAAACUCGCGACAAAGGGAGAACUCUUUUUCUGUACUUUUUCGGGAAUUCCGUCGAAAUUUUUCGCCCAAACUAUCGAUCAUUCAAGAAUCGUCCGACUUUGCCGGAGCGACAACUACGAAUGUCACGUAUAUGUUCGACAAUUCGAGGAUAUUUUACUCUUUCUUGACAAGACAAGCGGACUAUCUUAUGACGAGGGGCAUACCAGGCGUUCGCGAUGAGGCAACGUUACGGUGGCGGAAAUAUUCGCGCGUGCAAUUGCGUCGCGUCGCUGCGAUGUUAAAGAAUUCGUGCGAGUGUUGUGUGUGAAUGGAAGUGCAGUGUCAAGGUAGCGCGAGGAAGCAGGGCAAAAUCGAAUUAAUCGUCAAUAAAUUGCCGUGUUGUGAUAAUUUCUCGAGCAAAUUUCACGCCAUGAAAACCACAUGGAUCCUCUCGUUAGUGGUGUCGCCACUGCUGGUGCUAGGUAGUCCGCCUGGUAACACCAUCAGAGAAGGAGGCAUCAAGAUCGGGACCGGCAGGGGUACAGCCCCCAAGGGCAUAAACGUCGGCAGAGGAAAUUCGGCAGUUCGUAUCGGCGAGGGCAGGCUCUCGAAUACGACGAGACAGCGGUCAUUCCCGACUACGACGACUACCACGAGCACUCCUCCAGCACGUUUCACUCCGCAGUCUUCUGUGGGAAAUAAUUAUAACGUCACUUAUCUCAGAGUGGGCAUGAUGGUGCCAUACAAAUCCUUUGGCCAAAGAGAGUAUACCAGAGCGGUCACCUCUGUUAUUAGCACACUACAAAGAAGUACGAGGGGUCGAAGGUUGGGAUUUUUGGAGCGGUAUGAUCUGCACGUUAAAAUAGCGAUGAAAGAACUCACACCCAGUCCUACUGCUAUUUUAGACUCGCUCUGCAAAGAAUUUCUUUCGGUGAAUGUAUCGGCCAUCUUAUAUCUUAUGAAUUACGAGCAAUACGGACGUAGUACGGCUAGUGCUCAAUACUUUCUCCAAUUGGCUGGUUACUUAGGAAUUCCUGUGAUCGCAUGGAACGCCGAUAACUCGGGACUCGAGAGGCGGGCAUCGCAGAGCAGCUUGCAGUUACAACUCGCACCAUCGCUGGAACAUCAAACCGCGGCGAUGCUGAGUAUCCUGGAGAGAUACAAGUGGCAUCAAUUUAGCGUCGUCACGUCGCAAAUAGCUGGUCACGAUGACUUCAUACAGGCGGUCAGGGAGAGAAUCUCUGACAUGCAGGACACAUUCAAGUUUACCAUACUAAACGCUAUUCUGGUCACUGACCCACACGAUCUCCAGGAGCUCGUAAACAGCGAGUCCCGGGUGAUGCUACUAUACUCAACUAGAGAAGAGGCAAUUCAUAUCCUAACUGCUGCCAGGGAGUACAAAAUUACCGGCGAGAAUUACGUGUGGGUUGUUACGCAAAGUGUUAUCGAAAAUCUGCAAACUCCCAGUCAGUUUCCUGUCGGAAUGUUGGGUGUGCACUUCGAUACGAGUAGCGAGAGCUUAGUAAGCGAGAUCACGACGGCAAUCAAGGUCUAUGCUUACGGUGUCGAGGACUUUGUCAAUGAUCCGAAAAAUAUUAAUCGCAGCCUGAACACUCAACUGAGCUGCGAAGGUGCCGGUGAAUCACGAUGGAACACGGGGGAUCUGUUUUUCAAAUAUUUGAAGAACGUUUCCGUUGAAGGUGAUCAAGGAAAGCCAAACGUGGAGUUCACUCAAGAUGGUGUAUUAAAGGCGGCGGAGUUGAAAAUUAUGAACCUUCGACCGGGAGUUAGCAAGCAGCUCGUCUGGGAGGAGAUUGGCGUCUGGAAAUCCUGGGAGAAAGAGGGUCUGGAUAUUAAAGAUAUCGUCUGGCCGGGCAACAGCCAUACGCCCCCGCAAGGCGUGCCGGAGAAAUUUUACCUUAAAAUAACCUUUCUGGAGGAGCCACCCUACAUCAAUCUUGCACCGCCUGAUCCUGUGACCGGAAAAUGCUUGGUGGAUCGCGGUGUUCACUGUCGAGUGGCCAAAGACUCCGACAUGAUCGAAAUGGAUAUUCAGUCAGCACAGAAGAACGAGAGCUUUUAUCAGUGCUGUAGCGGAUUUUGCAUCGAUCUGCUGCAGAAGUUUUCCGAAGAAAUCGGCUUCACUUACGAGCUUGUAAGAGUGGAAGAUGGCAAGUGGGGCACUUUAGAAAACGGAAAGUGGAAUGGGCUUAUAGCUGAUUUGGUCAACCGAAAGACCGACAUGGUGAUGACCUCAUUAAUGAUCAAUUCGGAAAGGGAAGCAGUGGUCGAUUUCACUGUACCUUAUAUGGAAACUGGUAUCGCUAUUGUCGUAGCGAAAAGGACAGGCAUAAUAUCUCCCACCGCGUUUCUAGAACCGUUUGAUACGGCUUCAUGGAUGUUGGUGGGCAUUGUUGCCAUACAUGCCGCGACUGUAAUGAUAUUGCUCUUCGAAUGGGCAUCACCUUCCGGUUUCGACAUGAAGGUAAACCCUUCAGGCGCUGCGCAAAAACUGAAGAAUCCAUCGACAAAUCAUCGGUUUUCCUUCUGUCGUACGUACUGGCUGGUCUGGGCCGUAUUAUUUCAAGCUGCCGUCCAUAUCGACUCUCCCAGAGGAUUUACAGCCAGAUUUAUGACGAACGUGUGGGCGUUAUUCGCCGUGGUCUUUCUCGCCAUUUACACUGCCAAUUUGGCUGCCUUCAUGAUUACGCGGGAAGAAUUCCACGAAUUUACCGGCGUGGACGAUCACAGGCUCGCUAAACCAUUUUCUCACAAGCCCAUGUUUAAAUUCGGCACUAUACCGUGGAGUCACACGGACAGCACAUUGGCAAAAUAUUUUAAAGAGAUGCAUUCCUACAUGAGAGCUUUUAACAAAAGUAGCGUGACGGAAGGUAUCGAAGCAGUCAUCACUGGAGAUAUGGACGCAUUCAUUUAUGAUGGCACAGUCCUGGACUAUUUAGUCGCUCAGGACGAGGAUUGCCGAUUGCUGACGGUCGGAUCAUGGUACGCGAUGACGGGAUACGGUCUCGCAUUUUCUAGGAAUUCAAAGUAUUUACAAAUGUUCAACAAACGGCUGUUGGAUUAUAGAGAUAACGGAGAUUUAGAGCGAUUGAGAAGAUACUGGAUGACUGGAACAUGCAAGCCUGGGAAAGAAGUACAAAAAAGUAGCGAUCCCCUGGCAUUAGAACAAUUCUUGAGCGCGUUUCUCUUGCUGAUGAUGGGUAUCCUUCUGGCGGCAGUAUUUCUGCUUUUGGAGCAUGUGUACUUCAAAUAUAUCAGACAGCACCUGGCAAAAAGUGACGAUGGUGGCACGUGCGCUAUUUUCAGUCUAAGCGUGGGAAAAUCCUUGACCUUUCGCGGCGCAGUGUACGAGGCGCAGGAUAUCCUGAGGCACCACAGAUGCAAGGAUCCGAUCUGCGACACCCACUUGUGGAAAGUCAAACAUGAGCUUGACAUGGCCAAGAUUAGGAUACGACAGCUCGAGAAGGAUCUCGAGGCCCAUGGAAUAAAGCCGACUCAAACCAAGAGGAAAACCGGAAGUCUCGGCUGGUGGCGAGGAUGCUUCCAAAGCCCGGAUCGCUAUACACAACCGGAACCAUUGGCGGUGGAAGCUCCGCAUCCGCUACCGCCAUACUUCGAUUCGUAUAUUGACGCCGUUGAGGUCGCCCGUCCAAGGGACAUGAGCAGAAACCAUGUGGUCAGCACAGAAUACGCCGAGAGAUUUUUACCAACGGAGAUUUACAGGAUCCCGGAUGACGACACAACUAGGACAGAAAUUGCCGAAAUGGAGACAGUUCUGUGAUCGUAAAAGGAUCGCCUUCAGUCGUCCGAUCGCAUAGCGCCGGAAGCGGAAGCACGUGGACGGACUGGCAGGCCUCUGAAGACUUCAAAAAUGUCACGAUUUAACAAACAUCCUGUUGUUUUUGCCUCUAAUAACGAGUCCCAUCCACAUCAAUCUCCCGUUUGAUCGAAGAGGUUAAUCCGCUAAUAUAUUCUCAACUGUCAUCGUAAGCGCGACAAAACAACGAGAUAAAGAAAGUCGUCAAUGCUGAAGAGUCGACCAGCAAUCAAGAAGCCUACGACUCGAGAAUAUUUUGUAAUUUGAGGAAGUGCACUCGUUAUUGACAUUUGCGUUACGAGACAUCCUUCGAGACAUGCACCCUUUGUGUCCUUCGAAGUAAGUGUAUUAGAAGAAAAUGCAUCUGGAUGGCGAUUGUACUCGCGCGAUAGUGAUUGUUGCGAGAGAAACGUUUUUAAGAACUGCUAAAUCUUUGUGAUACUCGAAGGAACACUCGAUAGUCGAGCCGGAUUUCGGAUCUUCGAAUUCGAUGGAAUUUGUUUUUAAUGCACAAUCAAUGAAUUGUGUCAUCGAUGUCGAAGCGUCGUACCCCGUAAUAAUCUCUACGUGCAAGAUCCUUUCGAAAUUUCAAUCUGUGCCUAAAAUAGUCUGGACGCGGCUCGCAAAGAUCUACGCGCUGGUUGAUCGAUCAGGCGCUUGGAAAUAUAUAAUUGAAACAUUUCGAUAAAAGCAAUGUGAAACUUGAAAUCUUUUAAUACGCGAUUAUCUUUCAUCAAAACAAUUAGUUUUUAUUUAAUUUUUUUAAAUUAAAUAUUCAUGCAUUUUUAUAAUUAAAACCAAUUAUUAAG